AUGAGUGGUACUAUACAGAGAACCCCAAGAUCUCAUGGGAGGUUCUUCCAGGAUUUGGGUACCCCGGUUUCUUCUAGGAAAACGAGUGCGAAGUUUGCGACCCCGGGCCAAGCUGCUGCCGUCUCAGCUCUAUGGCGGGAGAAUUUUCCCAGCUCUGAUCUUCCACCACCUCCCAUGUUCACCCUUGAAGACAAGACUGAUUUGUCCCCAGAGUCGGGAAUGUUGGAUUAUCCGAUGUCUCCUGAAAGUAGGUCUGACCCAAGAACACCCCCGGUUCAUAGCUUUGGCAGGCAGUUUUCGACUCCUAAGAGCAAGUCCGAGGCCAGUACAUCCUAUAAUGUUGCGGGAAGUAGUAGGCAGCAGAGCCAGCUGAGUCCUGUGGCUAGCUUGAGUUUGUGGUCACCUUCAAAGGCUGGUAGUAGUCCAGAGCAAGAAGACAAGGGAAAAGGUUCUCCGGUUGAAGGGGUGGUUCAGCCUGGUGCCCUGAUCACACUGCCUCCUCCCAGGGAGGUUGCAAGGCCAGAAAUGAAGAAAAAUUCAGUUCCAGUUGGCAGACUUGAUGAGGAAGAAUGGGUGACCGUCUACGGAUUUUCUCCAGUGGACACAAAUUUAGUUUUGCGGGAGUUUGAAAAAUGUGGGGUUGUUUUGAAACAUGUCCCUGGACCAAGAGAGGCCAAUUGGAUGCAUCUUCUAUAUCAGAAUCGGGCUGAUGCUCACAAAGCCCUCAGCAAAAAUGGGAUGCAAAUUAAUGGAGCACUCAUGAUUGGCGUGAAACUACUGGACCCAAUGCAACGUGAGGCUCUAAAUGAAAGGGCUAAAAACCAAGGAUUUAUGACUUUGCCUCCUGCGCCUUCCAAUCGGAUUUCAGAGUUAAAUUUAUCCAGAACUUCUCCUCAACCUUACUAUUUGCAGAAUGGCAGUGCAAGCAAGCAAUCUGGUGGAACAGUAGCUGCCCCUGCAAAAUCUGUGGUCUCGAAAUUUGUUGACUACAUGUUUGGCGUUUGA